AGGAAGGUGGCUUCCUCGCGAGGACACCGUGGAGAAACUUCAUCCACCUGUCCUCCAAGUAGCUCUGGAACUCGGCAGCCGCGUAGUGAAGCGCGUGUUUCCAACAGUUAUUCACAGACGCUACUGCAGGACAAUUUGGCUUCAACGUUAACAUUUGUGUCACAGACUUGUGUUAUUUCUUGAUGAGGCAUAGUCUGGGCAGGCGGCGUGAGACCAACUUUAUAAAAUGUAUAGAAUAUUAACUUCCACAGCAAACAACUUAAUUAAAUUUAAAAAAAUACGGAUGUCAGCGCCGAAUCUUUUGAAAUUAUACAACAAAUUCCAUGCAUGGCAUUGUUAAAACAAUAAUAACUAUUUCAGAUAAGCAGAUAACUACACAUUUACCCGUGAUAUUAUUCAAAUUCACACGAAAGUCCGAUUACUGCUCAUUAUAGAAAACAAUGAAGCGGAGAGGGGGAAGCAUUGUCAGGAGUGCACAAUGACUGAAGUACUUUUAUACAACGUUGCCAGCAACGACUGCUACGUAGAUGAGGACACAAUUCUUGCUGACCCAAGUGUAGGUACAACCAACGAAACCGAUACCAGUGCGAACACGGUCUACCAGUGGAGUGUUAAUAUUAGUGUUAACGUGAGUGAUGUCAGUGCUGAGGAUGUUACGAAUAUUAAUAAUUGGUGGGCACUAUUAGCGCUUGCAUUAGUGCUGGGUACGGCGGCAGGGAAUAUAUUAGUGUGCCUAGCCAUCACUUGGGAAAGGCGACUGCAGAAUGUCACCAACUAUUUCCUUAUGUCGCUAGCCAUUACAGACCUCAUGGUCGCCGUGCUAGUUAUGCCGCUAGGAAUACUAACACUCGUCAGAGGGUUCUUCCCGCUACCGUCUAUCUACUGCCUGGCAUGGAUCUGCCUGGACGUUCUGUUCUGCACGGCCUCCAUCAUGCACCUGUGUACCAUCAGUGUGGACCGCUACCUGAGCCUGCGGUACCCCAUGAAGUUCGGGAGAAACAAGACGAGGAAGAGAGUCACCCUCAAGAUCGUCUUCGUGUGGCUGCUCUCCAUUGCGAUGAGCCUACCGCUCUGCCUCAUGUACUCUCAGGACCAUGACUCAGUGCUGGUGGAAGGUACCUGCCAGAUCCCUGACCCGCUGUAUAAGCUCAUCGGCUCCAUCGUCUGUUUCUACAUCCCACUCGGAGUUAUGCUGCUAACCUACGCACUGACAGUCAGACUGUUGGCCGUUCAACAACAAAAUCUUGGGGGAGGAGGUGCCGGCUGGUCCAGCGGAUGGCUCGGUCCUGGUACGCCCUCACUAGGUAUGGAGCGCAGGUGCACGUGGCGCAGACUGUUGCUGGCCUCACCAGCGGGGAAGUCCCCGGCAGCAGCGUCGUGCUCCACCCCACAGCACCUUGGCCAGCUGGGCCACUCGGCCGCCUCCACCGACACAGAGCUCACCACACUAGACACGCACGAGCUCUGGCUGCCAGACUCCAGCAUUCCCGACCCUACGCCCUCCACCAUGACGGCACUCCACCACUUCGGGGCAGAGAUGCUGCGUCUGUCCCGCGGACUUGAAAGCGUUGCGGCUGCGGCCUCUAUAGGCCUGUCUACACCCCCGGCCGGCAGGUCACCGAGGCAGCAGGACAUAGCCUCUCAAAGGAGCAGCGUACCUGUCCAGAGAUCCGUCAGCGGGAGAAGCAGCGCCCCAGAAAGUCUUACCAGUUCGCAGUCAUCGCUGCAACAUCCGCUGCAGCAAAACUCAUCGGGGUCUUCCUCACCGUACCCCGGUCCUAGAAUUUCCAGGCGCCGUCGGGCUUCCACAUUCCAUGAGACGCUGUCUUUUCGGGAAGAUUCAAUCCGCGACGACGAGCAGUCUCCGUGCCGCAACUGGCGGGAACUCACAAGGAAACGCGGUUCCAGCUUCCACGACGAAAGAGGGCGCAAGCGAAAUGCUAGUGAAUCUUCUGUCGUCUCUCAAGAAUCAGGAUCCGACCAUAUGAACAGCCUCCUCACAAUCAAAGACACUCAGCCAAGAACCAAAGAUUCUGCCUCUGAAGAUCAAAUAUCCGAUACUACUGAUCCUCUACUGAAUAAAGUUAAAGACGAUGACUAUUCAACCUUCGAGGAAACGGACACAAAUAAUCAACAUCCACCGGUCCGCAAGAAGUCGUCGGUUUCAUUUCCAUUACCUCCCCCUUGUACCUGUCCGUACUUCGGUGAAGCGUCAUCCCAUAAUAAAAUCAAGAAAGUUCAAUCGCUUAAGUCGGAGGUUGUCAUCGUACCCACACGGGAAGAAAAUCUCAGGCAGCACCAUCUCUGCGUGUCUUCAACCAGCAACAGAGCAGACGCCGAUGAAUCAACACUAAAAGUAGAAACAACUUCCGUCGGCAGUGGAGGAGGUGUGUCUCCUGGUUCAAACCUCCCUUCUCCAAGUAGCAGGCGAGGCACUGUGUUCGCCAAUGUUCUACGUGCACGUCAUUCAUCUGGUGGAACAUCGCCAAUAUCUUCCGUGGAUGGAACUGUGGGCAGUGCCAGCAUGGUGGUAACUUGGGACUCGAACUCUUCCUCCUCGAGGAUGCAUCGUAGGGGAUCCAGCUUUGGAGGAGGCGGUUCCAACAGUGUACGAACAAUCUUAAUGACAGGGAAUAGUGUUUGUUCAGGACAAGCACACCACCAUGGAAACAACCGCGGGCCAAUGCUGCGCAGGGCAGCCACCUUGCGACAUCACAACGGGACGUCCACCAAGCCAAGCAAGCCGACAAAGACGGACAACACUUCUACGCCCUGUUUACUGAUGCAUUACGGUUCUGGGAGGGGAGCUUCGAACACAACUUCCAUUAGCAGCAGGACAGGAACCAUUCGCAGUCAUCACAGCCGCAAUUCUAGUGUCAUCUCUCGCAACUCCUCGCGUCACGGAAGGAUCAUACGGCUGGAGCAGAAGGCGACCAAAGUUCUCGGAGUGGUAUUCUUCACGUUUGUGAUUCUUUGGGCCCCAUUCUUUGUACUGAACUUAGUUCCCACAGUGUGCGCGGACUGCGAGCGAAACAUUCAUCACGGAGUAUUCGAUUUCGUGACGUGGUUAGGAUACGCAAGUUCUAUGGUCAAUCCCAUUUUCUAUACUAUAUUCAACAAAGUGUUCCGGCAAGCUUUCAAGAAGGUUCUCCUGUGCCGAUACCGCAACAGAAACUGGAGACCUCCACGGUAACGUACUCGAUGCCAUUUAAUUCCUUACGUAUACACAUCUAAAUCAGAAGACUCUAUUAGAAAAUUAUAUACCGUAUACUUCAUUUGUGUUGUAAAACCAAGGCAAUCAUAAACCUUCAAUGAACUGUAAUUAGUUAAGAAUAUCAGGAGGAAAUUAACAAUGUAACUUAAAAAGUAAGUGACGUCUUCUACGAGAAAUUUGUGUUUCCGGACAAACAAAAACAAACACAUAUUCGUGCUUUUGUGUAGCAUAUCUUCGCUCUCAGCUGCACGUUCAUAAUUGUAAACUAAAAGUUGUUAGAGCUGAGUAAGUCGAGAGAGUAGUUCUAAGCGGACGGUUAGACUGUUCUAGAACAACUUUGUGUGUGGAACUGGCAAACUUACAGAGAAGUAUUCAAAUUUGAGUCAAUACAGUAGCUAUUCCCAGUACUUAUAAAACUGUAUUUGAAGCACAAAUGUCAUUGUCCAAUGAAACAUAAACAUAAUCAAAUUUUAGGGACGCAUUUUUUUAUUGCUAGUGGGGUGAGACUAAG